AUGGCUACUGAACUCCCCACUUCAAAUGGCAAUGGCACGCAGGACGGCGAGAACAACUUCGCCGUCAAAGCCGGUCUGGCUCGCAUGUUGAAGGGCGGAGUGAUCAUGGAUGUCGUCAACGCUGAGCAGGCACGGAUAGCAGAGGAAGCCGGAGCGUGUGCCGUCAUGGCUCUCGAACGUGUCCCGGCCGAUAUCCGUGUGCAGGGUGGUGUGGCGCGGAUGAGCGAUCCAAAGAUGAUCAAGGAGAUUAUGGAUACAGUGACGAUUCCAGUCAUGGCCAAGGCGAGAAUCGGUCAUUUCGUCGAGUGUCAGAUCCUCGAAGCCCUAGGCGUAGACUACAUCGACGAAUCCGAAGUCCUCACCCCCGCCGACCCAACCCACCACGUCACCAAACACCCCUUCCGCAUCCCCUUUGUCUGCGGCUGCCGCAACCUCGGCGAAGCCCUCCGCCGCAUCUCCGAAGGCGCCGCCAUGAUCCGCACAAAAGGCGAAGCCGGCACCGGGGACGUCAUCGAAGCCGUCCGCCACAUGCGCACGGUGAAUGCGGAAAUCGCACGCGCGUCCGUCAUGAGCGACGAGGAACUCCGCGUCUUUGCAAAGGAACUACACGUCGAUUUUCCCUUGCUCCAGGAAACCGCCCGCCUCGGUCGGCUUCCCGUUGUGAAUUUCGCGGCUGGCGGGGUGGCGACGCCGGCGGAUGCGGCGCUCAUGAUGCAGUUGGGCUGUGAUGGCGUCUUUGUCGGGUCCGGCAUCUUCAAGUCUGGCGACGCGGCGAAGCGGGCAAAGGCGAUUGUCCAGGCUGUGACUCACUUCAAGGAUCCCAAGGUGUUGAUGGAGGUGAGUAUGGAUUUGGGCGAGGCCAUGGUGGGUAUCAACUGUGGGACCAUGGGCGACGAGGACAAGUUGGCCAAGCGCGGGUGGUAG